AUGAGCACCCCGCUAUUCGUGGCCGAGGAAGUGCUGUGCACCUACCCCAUCAGCACAGUGUACGACUCGUGCCCACGCUACCUGUUCUAUGCUCUCCUGCUAGCCACCUGUGUGACCCGGUGGACGGGGUGGCUCUCCGACGUCUUCCUAGGAGCCGCGGCGACCUACGCGGGAACCGCGGCUCUGGAGGCCUUCAUCCUGGUCUCAAGCCCAGCGCAAGAUGCCCCUGCAAACCCAGUAACCCUUCCUUACAUCUCACCCAACGACACAGCCCUCCUAGCCAGCCUGACCCCAUCCUUCCCCGCCCUGAUCACCAACACCACAACCCUCCCCAUCACCCCGGCCACCAUCGACCUGGACGCCGACGCCGUCCUCGCCAUUGUAGUAACCGCCUACCUGAUCUUCCUGCCCCUGCAAACCUGGUCCCGGGCGUUCAUGCACUCCCGCGCGCGCUUCAUCCUCUUCUCCCUCUGGCACAUCCUCAUGCUGGCGGGCACGAUCAGCGCCCUGAUCUACUGGCCGCGCGUGCGCAACACGCCCACGCAGUACGCCUUCUGCGCGCCGGACUACUUCCCGCCGGAGGACACCGUCUCCAGCGACGGGUGGCAGGCGUGGCAGUGGCGGACGCCGUCGUGGAACAGCAGCGUGUGGGCGAUCUUCAGCAACACAACGCUCUUCAACUCGCUGCCGACGGUGUGCUACUACCCGUGCUUCAACACGACGCAGCCGCUGCGCCAGCAGUCCGCGCUCGAGGCCUCCGUCGCCGACAGCGCGGCCGACCACACCGCGCGCUCCGCCUUCUGGUCGCGCAUCCUCUACUCCGAGCGCUACAUCUACAGCCUCAUCGGUCUGACCCUGGUCGUCAACGUCGUCCUCCUCCUGUUUCGGUGUCUGCCGUACCGCUCGCGCAUCCCCUCGUCGCGGGUGCGCACCAUCUGGCGCGAGCGCAAGACCAUCGCGCAGGGUUUCCGCGCGGACUGCAUCCUCGAGAAAACGCGCGCCACCCUCUCGACCGCCACCACGACCCCGCACACCAUCACCUGCCUCCUGCACCUGCACACGCUCGGCUCCCUGGUGCGGCUGUUGCUGGACCUGUGCAUCCUCUUCGCCGUCGUGUUCAGCAUCGUCAUCAGCCCGCUGACCGUGCUGGCCUUCGUCGCCUGGAUCGAGUAUUACAUCCACGAGGACGGGCCGGCCCAGGAGACGCCCAAGCAGGUCGGGCAGUGGGCGCCCCUGGCGUCCAUCGGGUUUCUGGUGGUGUCGGCGGGCAUCCUCAAGUUAAAGGUGUGGGUUGCGCCGCGGCGGGAGAUCGAGUGGGAGAUCGAGCAGGUUCGGGGACGGCUGAAGCGGUUGGAGGGGAUGAUUGUUUAG